AUGCCCAAUCCUGGCCGAUUACUUUCUACAAUUAUUGAAUCAAUUGAAAAGACAUUUUUUGGAAAGCCUGAAACAACAACAUCAAUAGAACAAUUACUCGAAGCUUUGCAAGGUCUUAUUCAGUAUGAUCAAAUAAAAGAUGAAAUCUUAAAACAAGAUAACAUUCCAUUUAUUCUCGAAUGUACAAACAAAUUAAUGAAAAGACCGUUGAUAUUAACUUUUGAAAUGUUAUGGUCUUUGGCAUUCUCCGACGACAUUGGUAGUGUUUUACGUACUAAUUCGAAUUUUCUCGAUAAAAUUCAAUCUAUUGCAAAAGAUAAUAAAGAUACAUCGGUGAAAAAAGUAAUUGAUGGACUUAUUUGGAAGCUUGCACAAGUUAUGAAUGCAAUGGCAGAUGCAGUUGAAAAUUCAGAAUUCGUUCUAGUUUGUAUGUCGGAUUCUUACAAACAAAGUACAUAUUGUCAAGCUGAAGCAGAAUAUGCAUUCGGUUGUAAACGACGUUUAGUGCCAUUGAAAGUAAGACCAAGAUAUAGAGCAGCUGGAUGUUAUAAACUUCGAGAAUAUUCUAUACUUAACAAUGAGCUAAACUCUAUGCAUACAUCAAAAUUAUGCAUUACUGCUUAUUCUCGCUUUUUAACUAUUCUAGGAGAAAUAAUCAAUGUUCCAUCAUCAGCACCAAAUACAUCAUCAUCAUCAUCAUCAACAUCGUCACCAUCAGCAACACUACCAUCACCACCAACAGCAACGGCAAUAACAACGGCAACAACAAUAGCAAAUCAUAAUCCUUCAAAACCAUUGUCUGGUAUGCCAUUCGUACCAGCUCCCAAUCUAGUUACAUCGUAUGACUUUUCAAUAGUUACCAAUAUAUCAGCUUUAGAUACAUUCAAAAUGGCUGACCAUUAUAGUUCUCAGUUACUUAUACUUGAUUUGCUACGUCGUCGAAUGAUGAAUACAUAUUAG